ACGCCUUGUUCAGUCAAGGGCUCCGUGACCUUGUGUGCUUUUAGUGAUUUUAUGUGAUCCUGGUACCUGGUCACUGUAACUAGUUACAGAUUGGUAGAAUUUAUCACUUAUUUUUAACAUAAUUAGUGUUUGAUGAUGCUCAAUGUAAAUAAAAAAUAUGUAUAAAUAGAAAAACGCAAAUUUACAUAGCUAAAAACUGUGCACAGAAAAAAGGUUUAAAUUAAAAAACUCGGUCUUUUUUUAAGAUAAAAAAUAGGUUUAAAAUAAGGUGUAAGAAAAGCAAGACUUGUUUCUGCGCAUUUUAUAAAAUCCCUUUGUGGAUUUUGGUUAGCAAUCGGAAACUAAAUUUUUAAUGCACUUUGAAAGCCGUAUAGCAACGAUGCUUGAGUGUUGUGAUGGUGUAAGUUCGAAGAGAAUUGUUGUGCCUUACAAGUGUAGAAUUAGUCAAGUGACUCUUUUCUUCGUUGCUGCUCUGUUGGCGAGAGCGCAUGUGCGAGCACAGGAUUUAAAUACCAAUUCAGACCCUCCAGCGAAAGUUGAAGCAACGAGUGGCAAAGAAGUACAGACAGAACAAGAGCUAAUCUGCCCAAGAAGCUCAAAAUUUGAGGGGCGACUGUCUCAAUUUUUAAACAUCCCUUGUGACCAACUAGCAGAUUGCAGCAUCUUGGGUCCAGAUCAAAGGUGCUGUAAAGGAUAUUGCAAGCAGGGAAUUCCAGCACCUCCAAAAGAACCUACUCACGAGGCUCUCAAUGGGUUCAGUCGUUGGUGUCCAAAACAACCAAUUCCAGAAUUACUCCCUAUAACUCGCUGCACUACCGACGCAGAUUGUGAACAAGGUAGACGAAUAUGCUGUCCUGAUAAAAAGGACCAACAAUUAUAUUGUCGCACUGCUGCUCCAAAUUGGGUGGAAUUACCAUUUCGAAGGACCCACGCACCCUUGAUGACUCUGAUCGAAUUUAUGCAAUGUCAAGCUCCACCAGAAAAUAUUUUCGUUUUACUUUCUCAGCCCUGCAAUCGCUCAAUAGAAUGUUUUCCGAAUCUUUGCUGCCAGGAAGGUCUCAACAAAUUUUGCAGACCACCUAAAAAAUCGAUAGUUGCCCUAGCAGCUCAGGCAACAAAUAUAUUCAUGCGAGGAUGAGAGAAGGACACUAAACUGAUUCAGGAUUUCACUUAUAAUUAGGAGGGCACUUAGUUUCUGCAAAAAAGAAACUUCAGCUGCUGAUUUUUUAAGCCAUUU